AUGUGAAGCUGUAGAAAGAAAGAAGGAUGAAAAAGACUGUGGAAACAAAAAAGGUACAGAGUGCAAAAAAGGCGAAAUUGGUCAAAAAAGGGCAAAAAGGGAAAAAUUGGUAAAAUUGGCAAAAAAGCCGGAAAAGCCGGAAAAGAAAAAGCAGGUAGAAAAAUCAAAAAAGACAAAAAAAACAAAAAAUUCAAAGGAGGCAAAAGUUCAGAAGGAAAUUGACGACUUGGAUAA